UAAGGCUGAAGGCAAAGGGCUGAAGUAGGUACAUCACCUGGUUGGGGUUGGUGGGUAUAUAGGGACUUGGGUUCUUAAAUUGAAAUGGCCUUGCUUGGGUUGGUUUCGUAGACCAAGGCUAUAAUAGCAAGGGGUAAUAGGUAGGUAGGUACCUACGUACUGGCUCUACUCAUACUGCUACUAGUGCAAGUAGGAACCAUCCAUACCCAACUCCAAGUUUUUCAGGGAGCAUUCAGGUCUAAGGGUAAGUUACUUUUCUUAGAUUCAGCCAUCCUCAUCCUGGUUCGAUACCCGGGCAAUGCACGUGGCAUUACCGCUGCCUGACCGCUUGGAGCAGCGUAAGAGUUCUGGUUAGCAUCUUAGUCCACUGGAUGUGUGCAGUGUGCUUACUGCUUAACUCAAACUAACCAACCAACUCCAAGUUGAAGUAAUAUGACACUGAGCCCUGUAUUAUGUUUUUCUGAAGUAGGUUGAGGUAUGUCAAGAUGAAAGAGUAAUUAUAUCUUAAGUGGCUAAAACUACCUUUUGCACCCUUCACUCACUCUUCAGUGUAAAAACUGACUGGCACACCAUGCAUGAAGGGGAAGUGCAGAUCCUUCUCAAUCAAGCUGCUAAGCUACCCAGUUACACCAGGCCAACUGCCAAGUUCCCGUGACAUGUCGGAACGCAAGAGAUAUGAGUGCUCCUUCCUGCCACAUGGGUGGAAACGGGAGGAGCUAUGUCGCAAGUCAGGCAUCUCAGCAGGAAAAAUUGAUGUGCUGUACUAUAGUCCGUCGGGGAAGAAGUAUCGCUCAAAGCCGGAGCUAGCCCGCGCGCUGGGGAACGCAGUCGACCUCACCUACUUUGAUUUUCAAACGGGCAAAAUGAGCAGUGCGAAGAAGGACCUCAGGAUGAAGAAGACUGCUCAGGUUGAUUACGGCCGUGGGAUCCGCAGCGACGCGCUGCUGGUGCCGCCCAUCCGCCAGACGGCCUCCAUAUUCAAACAGCCCAUCACACUGGUGAAAAACUUCCCCGACGGAAAGGUCAAGACCGACCACAAGCCCGGCCAGCAGGAGAAACCCAAACAGCUGUUUUGGGAGAAGAGUCUGCAGGGUCUGCGCGCGUGCGACAUCUCGGAGCAGCAGCUGAUCGGUGUGCAGCUGCCACGCGCCCUGCGCCACGUCGGACCCAGCACCGACGACGCUGUGGCGCUGCAGUCGCUGGCCACCGCGCUGCACUCUGGCAACACGCCCAUCACGGGCCAGGCGGCCGGCCGGCAGAUGCUGGAGAAAAACCCGGGCGUCUUCAUGAACCCGCAGCAGCCGCUGGUGCAGAGUAUCUGUAUCACCGAAGAGGACGUACGGCAGCAGGAGGAGCGCGUCUGCCGCGCCAGAAAGACGCUGGAGAACGCUCUGGGCAGUCUGCGGCCUUAGGCGGCCCCCGGAGGCUGACCCCAGACACCCAGUGACAGGCUCUACCACACGGGGCGCCGCUGUGACCGCCAGGCGAGCCCGGUGCGCGGCCUGGGACGCGGGCAGACGCCCGGUGCCGCGGCCGCUGCGGUCCGCCGGUCCGAGCGGGCUGCCACCAAGGGGCCGGCCCGGCUGUAACCAGUAGCGCCCGGUACAGCAGGCACCGACCAUUGCCGUGGGACGGUCCAGCCAUCGUCACUGCAUUUUUACAGGUGACUGGCGUGUGUGUUAUUACGUGCACCGAGUGGGAGGAGGGACUCGAAGUGAUGCGAUCUCCGAAUACAAUGCAGUCUCAUCGACCGGUGGCAUCUCCAGGAACACAAACGGAACAAAGCGUCAUUGUGUGACGGUGAUAGUGCGAUUUAUUAUCGGCGCCCCGACAAUGGCGCUCUGUUGGAGCCGACCGAUACCGGCGCCGGACUCCGAUGAGCCGAGUGACAGCCAGCCCCGCCACCGAGCCGGUCUCGGCCGUCUGUCUAUGACCGCGGCGCGGGGCCGGCCACUGACCGUGGCCGGUGGUCCCCUGACGCGCUGCCGCCGUCGCGCAGGGCGGCCUGGGAGGCGCCGGCGGCUGGGCUCCGACCGGUAUCACUGCAGCUCGUGGUGCCGCCUCCGUGGACACCGUCUCGCCUCUCUGCGUCAGGCGUUAGGUGCCGCGCACUGCGGGUGUGUGCUCCAUCCCGUGCCGCUCUGCGGGUGUGUGCUCCAUCCCGUUCCGCACUGCGGGCGUGUGCUCCGCCCCGUGCCGCUCUGCGGGUGUGUGCUCCAUCCCGUGCGGCGCACUGCGGGGUGUGCUCCAUCCCGUGCCGCUCUGCGGGUGUGUGCUCCAUCCCGUGCCGCGCACUGCGGGGGUGUGCUCUGCCCGUGCUGUGCUCCGCGCCGUCACUCAGUCGGCGUGUGCCGGCGCCGCACCGUCGCUGAGCUGGCCGCGCGCCGUGCCGAGGGCAGUCUCCACUGGGGCCAUUUUGGCUCACCUUUUGAUAAAUACACCGUUCGACGGUC